ACUUGGGUGUUACUCAUGUGUGUCUGUGACUUGCAGUCGAGCUCACCGGUGGGCAGCCUGAUGGACAGCAUGUCUCAGAAGUACCAUCAGAUAAACCAGGCAUUCGAGGAGCUCAGAAUAUUGACUCAGGACACUGAGAACGACCUCAGAAAACUACAGCACAACCAGGAGUACUUCAUUAUACAGUACCAGGAGAGCCUCAGGAUACAGGCUCAGUUAUCAAGUCUGGCCACGCUGCCUCCAGCAGACCGACAGCUACGAGAGCCUAGCCUGCUCAGCAAGAGAGCCACAGUAGAGGCCUGGCUGACCCGAGAGGCCAACACCCUGCAGAAAUACAGACUGGGAUUGGCAGAGAAACACCAGAAGACACUGGCUUUGCUACGUAAACAGCAGACGGUGAUUCUUGACGAUGAGCUGAUUCAAUGGAAGAGACGUCAACAGCUGGCUGGCAAUGGCGGGCCGCCCGAGGGAGGACUGGACAUACUACAGUCAUGGUGUGAGAAGCUAGCAGAAACCAUUUGGCAGAAUCGUCAGCAGAUCCGGAGGGCAGAGCAUCUGAGACAGCAGCUGCCCAUUCCCGGCCCCAUCGAAGAGCUGCUGACCGAACUCAACAGCACCAUCACGGACAUCAUCUCAGCAUUAGUCACCAGUACCUUCAUCAUCGAAAAGCAGCCUCCUCAGGUGCUUAAAACACAAACUAAAUUUGCGGCAACAGUGCGAUUGCUGGUAGGUGGCAAACUGAACGUGCACAUGAACCCACCGCAGGUCAAAGCCACCAUCAUCAGCGAACAACAGGCCAAGGCCCUGCUCAAGAACGAAAACACCAGAAAUGACAGCAGUGGUGAGAUCUUGAAUAACAACUGUGUGAUGGAGUACCACCAGACCACAGGCACUCUCAGUGCACACUUUAGAAACAUGUCCCUGAAGCGGAUCCGGCGUUCAGACCGUCGAGGGGCGGAGUCUGUUACAGAGGAGAAGUUUACCAUUUUGUUUGAAUCACAGUUCAGUGUUGGGGGAAAUGAGCUGGUAUUUCAGGUUAAGACUCUCUCUUUGCCUGUGGUGGUAAUUGUCCAUGGAAGUCAAGACAACAAUGCCACAGCCACCGUUCUGUGGGACAAUGCAUUUGCUGAACCGGGACGGGUGCCUUUUAUUGUGCCUGACAAGGUGUUGUGGCCGCAGUUGUGUGAGGCUCUGAAUAUGAAGUACAAGGCAGAGGUGCAAUCAAAUCGAGGUCUGUCUGAGGAGAAUCUCGUCUUUCUCGCUCAGAAAGCCUUCAGCAGCUCCAGCGUCAACCCGGAGGACUACCGCAACAUGACCAUGACCUGGUCGCAGUUUAACAGGGAGAGUUUACCAGGCAGGAACUUCACUUUUUGGCAGUGGUUUGAUGGUGUGAUGGAGCUUACUAAAAAACACCUGAAGCCUCACUGGAAUGAUGGGGCGAUUCUUGGCUUUGUGAAUAAACAGCAAGCUCAGGACAUGCUGAUGUCCAAACCCAAUGGAACCUUCCUGUUGCGCUUCAGUGACUCGGAAAUUGGCGGCAUCACCAUAGCCUGGGUGGCAGAGAACCCUAACAAAGCAGGAGAAAGGAUGGUGUGGAACCUCAUGCCAUACACAACCAAAGACUUCUCUAUCCGCUCCUUGGCGGAUCGCAUCAGCGACCUGAAUCAUCUCCUGUUCCUCUAUCCUGACCGGCCCAAAGACGAGGUCUUCUCCAAAUACUACACCCCUCCGCUGUCUAAAGCUGUGGAUGGAUACGUCAAACCACAGAUCAAACAAGUAGUGCCAGAGUUUGCGACACCAAAUCCUGACCCUGCAGCAAAUCCCACCUACAUGGACCAUGCGGCAUCUCCAGCUGUCAAUCAACCACAUGCUUAUGGACUCUAUCCUCCCAUUGGAGACCCUAUGCUGGACGCUGAUGGCGAUUUCGAUCUGGAUGACACCAUGGAUGUAGCGAGGCAUGUAGAGGAACUGCUCCGUCGACCAAUGGAGGGCCAGUGGAGCGGCCAGCAGUCAUGACCUCUUGACCUGUUACUUCUGAUCCUAAACAAUGUUUUUUUUUUUUUAAAUAUAUUUUUCUCCUUCUACUCUUAGUGUAUUUCCCCCAUUUGUUUCUCAGUGUGGGUGUUCUCGACUUAUUUUUCUCCAUCAUCACAUCUCUUUCUCUUUCCCCUAUCCCCUGUUUCUGUAGAAGAGAAAGGAGCUAAUGGAAGAAGAAAAAAAUACUAUGAGCCUUCCUCUAAUUAAAUACCACCAAACAGUAUUGUAGAAAAAAAAAAAAGAGAGAGAGAGAUGCAUGUUAUCUCUUUUCAUUUGUGCUUGAGUUGUUUUUGUUUUGUUUCAAAAUGACUUUUCGCAGAACGAAUCUGUGAAUCCCUUAAGCCGAGAUGUACUACUGUAAGGAACAUUUUGUUUUUCAAACUGUUUUAUGGUUGCCAUUUUAUUUCCAGGGUGUUCAGAUAACUACUGCAUCUGAAGUAAAUGCAUAUUAUCCUUUGCACUCUUAAACGAAUGCUUUCUUGCAGACGAUGACAUUAUUGUUACCUUAUGGUGAUUGCAAUGUAACGCUUCUGUACACUAACGAGUGUUUAGGUUGCAAGGCUGUUAACAUUCAGUGCAGCUACAUCUACGUCUGUGUUUAAUCUGAACCGUGAACACAAGUUACACCCGCAUCCUAACCAGCAGCACACGACCUGUCACUCACAUCACCGAGACUGAGGCACACAUGAGAAACACACAUGCGCCCGCUCGCAUCCAUCCUGCGUUAAAGCGAUGGAAACACAUGGGGUAGAGAGAGGUCCACUGAGCAUCUGGGCUCACGUUACACUACACAGGCCGUCUCUCGCUCUCUGUCUGUCUCUCUCCAGUGCAACAGGUGAUGAUCUCAUCUGUUCUCAUGCUUUCCUCUCGGAACAAAACAAGAGAACCUGUCGUCAUGGUUACACAUGCUGCUCCAUGUAUGCUCUUAACUGGCCAUCCUAUAGGUUCGCAUUUCUGCAUGUUACCGACCUCUGCCUUGGCCACUCAGGACAUUGACGUACAGUUGAUGUAAAAUACAAAUAAUAGUAAUGAUAAAAUAUAAAUAAAAAUGACACAAUUAAAAGAAAGUACCUAUAUCCAAUAUAUAUGAAAGGUAUUUUUUGUUAACAUAUUUCUAUUUUAUUACUGUAGGGCGCUAGAUGGCUCCGGCCCUCUGUGUAGUGCAAAAUGGCAUUUUACUGUCUGAUUGUCGGUAGAAGCCCUGAUGUACUGAUCUGAAAUCAGUACUCAAACGGCACAAAGGGUUCGGUCGCUGCCAUCUCUGUAGUUUCACUUCAGAUUUCAGCUGAGCUUUUGCAUGGAAGAAAAAGCCAAACAGUGAAGUUAGCACGAAGAGACGUUUCCUGUGUGCUUACUGUAUGUGUAACCUGCAAACCUAACUAAUGAUGCCCAUUUUUAGAUGCCUGUAUUCAUUUUUAAAGGAUGGUUUGUUCCUCGCAGUGGAUGUUGAUUUAUUUUCCUCUCUCUAUUUUUCUGUCGUGGCAGAGACACAUAGGAAGUUGUGAUUUUUCUUCAUCUUUUUUUAUUGUCUUUGUUUUAAAACUGUUUUGUCAUGUUGUUGUUUAGACUGUUUCUCACUGUAGGUGUCAACGUGUGUGUGUGUGUGUGUGUGUGUGUGUGUGUGUGUGUGUGUGUGUGUGGUGGCAUGUUCAGCUCUGCUCUGUUUUGUGUUCGUCCCAUGUUUGUGGUUUGGCUGUAGAGAAGAAAAAUUGAAUUGACAAUAAAGUUUUUGUUUUGUAAUAAUCUGGACUCCA